AUGCGUGUAUUGAUUUUUCCCAAGGAGUUACACAGCGGUGAAAUUUAUUCUUUGGCCAUCAAUUUAUCUGGUCAUAGUUUAUUAUCUACGGGUAAAGAUGGUAUACUAAACGUUUGGAACGUAGAAGACUUGAAGAAUUUGAACAAGACCGAAAAAUCUGCAAUUCAAGACAAAAUAGAGUCGAUAACACCUUCAAAAAGUUUCCACAAUCACAAGUCUAUAGUAAAGGCCAUCAAGUGGUCUCCCAUAGAUCCAAAUUCGUUCGUUUCGGGCUGUAUAUCAGGAAAGGUGAUUUUGCACCAUUUAGAGGGCGAACACAGACCGUUGUACCCCUUAGAAGGUGAAGCAAGUAGUGUUGUGGACAUUACGUGGUCAUUCGAUGGAAGAUUAAUUGCAUGGAGCACAGAUGAUGGUAAGGUCCAUUUAUUCGACUUAACGAAAGACACUUACCAAGAAUUGACAAAGUUAGUACACCAAGAAAAACCGUCUAUACAAAGGUCAAUAGAAUUUGAUCCUACCAACAAAUUUCUAGUCACUUUGGGGGAUGACACCAUCAUUUGUGUAUAUCAGUUCAGAUACGAAAAAAACAAUUACCAAUUCAAAAUUUUAAAUAAGAUAACAAGAUUUAUGAAUCAAAACAAUGUGAACAUCAACUACAGCCGGAUAUCCUGGUCAUCAAAUGGUGAAUUCCUUCUGAUACCCAGUGCCAAAAAAAACCGAACUACUUUGAUAGCGCUCAUUUCAAGAUUAAAUAAUUGGGAGACUGCAAUGAAUAUGGUGGGCCAUGGUUCAGAUUGUGAAGUUGUCAAAUUCAAUCCUAAUUUUUACAAAAUACCACAUAAUACCCCCGAAAGACUACAAGAAAAGCUUGAUCCUCAGAAAAUUCGAAAUUCAUGUGUUAUUGCUACUGCUGGCUCAGAUAAAACUUUGGCAUUAUGGAACAUACACAAUCCUUCCCCAAUUAUUGUAUUGAAAGAGCUUGUUGAAAAGCCAAUUGUGGAUUUGUGUUGGGAUAAAGCGGGUGAAUCAUUAUUUUUGGGUUCCCUAGAUGGUAAGCUCACAAUUGUAAGUUUUGAUGAAGGGGAACUUGGUAUCAAGGAAACCGACGAGAGUUUAAUAAAAGUUCAAGACCCACCUGAAACCAAAGCAUUCAAUGCCAAGUCCGAAAUAGUGAAUCCAAGAAGUAGAUCCAGCAAUGUAGUUGAAAUUCUUGAUCAAAAGGAUUCGACUUUGGUGUCAGAAACAAUUUCAUCAACUGAAGGAAAUGCCUCGAAUAAUCUAGAAGAAAAGAAUGGCAACGACUCAAUUCUCGAAUUAGACAAGGAGCGUCACAGCUUCAUUCCAAAGGUACUCGAUUCUUCUAAAUUUACAGACCACGACCAAUCAGAUGACCUAAUGGAUAAUUUGAUGGAUAGACUGAAGAAAAUAAAAGAAAAGGAGUCAGAUAAUGAGCCACCAAGAAAGUCUAGUUCCACGAAUGGAACAAGUCUCACUCAUAAUGGAUCACAAGCUAACAGGCUCGAUGUCAGUAAACAGAAAACCACCACCAAAGAUGGAAAAAGAAGAAUUCAACCCAUGCUAGUUUCCAAUGGUAAUGGCCACAAUGAUAUUUCGAGUUUACCGGUCAGGACUAACCGUGCUGUUAACUCAACCAAAGAAUCGAUGGAGUUUGAGAAAGCAUCAUACAGUGUUUCUGAUGAUUUGUUCAGGCAAAUAAAGCGUCAAAAAGGAAACGAAGAAACUAAUAAGAAACAAAAGAGAGAAAUGGAACCCACCAAAUUUUUGGGCUCCGUAGUGGUGAAUCCAAAUACAACAUUUUCAAAGACUAGAUUGGCAGUACCGAAGAUAAGAUCCGGAUUUUCGCUUACCAGUACUGUUGAUAUUGGUGAUCAGUUUGUUCUUGAGGUAAAAAAUGGUUCAGGAAAUGACGAAGAGCCUUCCAGGUUGACCUAUUUCCGAAAGGAUAAACAAAUCUGGUGUGAUUUUAUACCAAAACACAUACACUUAGCAACAGAGGGUCAAAACUUCUGGGCAGUGGCUACCGUCGAUGGCCAAGUUUUGACGUAUUAUCAUAUUUCAGGUAUGAGGAUUUUACCACCACUUAUGCUAGGAUCGCCAAUUGCCUUUUUGGAGAGUCAAGGUGACUUUUUGAUGGCCAUAACCAGCAUAGGUGAACUCUAUGUGUGGAAUGUGAAAAGCAAGAGGUCACAUUUGAUCACCCCUCUGUCAAUCAAUUCAUUGCUUGAUUCGAGUAACAAGUACCAAGAUGAGGGUAUUUCCAAAUCAAACAGAAUAACAAUGUGUUCGAUCACUUCCACAGGUACACCUUUGAUAACGCUUUCUAAUGGUACUGGGUAUUUGUUCAACAAAGAUUUGGGAACUUGGCAAACAAUAAGUGAAUCAUGGUGGGCUUUUGGAUCCCAUUACUGGAACUCUUUAAGCACGGGUGACAAACCUGGAAAAGGUGAAAAUUCUAGUCUGUUUGGAGAAUCUGAGGAGUCCAUAAUUGGUUUAUUGGAGAACAAAACUAAUGAAGAAAUUAUAAGAAAUACUAGAGCAGGAAGAGCAAAGUUUUUCAAUAAAAUUUCCAAGAAUAUGUUAAUGAAAGAAGGCUUCGAAAAUCUUGAAAAUACAGUAUCGUUGAGUCAUUUAGAGAACAGAAUUCUUUGUUGUGAAUUAUUGGGAGAAACCAAAGACUUCAGAGAAUUCUUUUUGACCUACGUCAAGAGAAUAUGCGAAUUGGGUCUCAAAGCUAAAGUUUUCGAAAUAUGCAACCUGUUAGUGGCCCCUGAGGGGGAUUCCGAAGAAUCAUGUUCCUGGGAUCACGAAAUAUGUGGAAUAAAGAAACACGAUCUUUUAAAAGAGGUUAUUUUGAGCUGCAGUGAAUUGAGAGAUUCUCAAAGAAUUUUUACUCACUUUGCAAAAAAGGUGGACUUAUUGUGA